CACGCGGAGGAAAGGACGCUGCUGCCUACUCCCCCCCGUUUCCUUCCGAGUGGUCUCGCCCGGGCCGGGCCGGGGAGCGGGGCGCACACGUGGGCCGUGCCGCGCCGGUGAGGCCCCGGAUGCCGUGCUGCGGUGGGUGAUGGCCGUGUGGGCUCGGCACGCCUCCCGCUGGGGCUGCCUGCUGAGCACGGCCCGUGCUGCUGCUGAGCUUCCCCGGAGGCUCGGGGGUGGCGGCUGCCCCGCACGGGCCUGCCCUGCGCUGGCCCCUCGGGCUGUGCUGCCCGCUGGAGAGGAGGCGGCUCUGUGCAGACUGCAGGGGUACAGGCAGCUGUCCACAGGGAGCUGUUCCCCGCCCCACAGCGCCAAGGAUGGAGCUUUCUCUUCUCCCGAAAGUAACCUGCCUUCAGUGCAACAGGGGCAAGCAAAACCAGAAAUAUUGCCUGAUUUGAAUGCCAAAAUACUGGACGAAGACUGGGAUGACAUCCCACCUUCAUCUGCUUUGGAAGUGAUUUCUGAGGAAGAAGCUGUACAGAUCAUUGCAGAACCACUUCUCCCCAUUCAGUCUUCCACGCUCCGAGAUUAUGUUGAUCACUCAGAAACCCUUGCAAAACUUGUCCACCUAGGAGUUGACUUAUCCCAAGUGGAGAAACGUCAAAAGGCAGGUCAGCUCUUACUGACUUUGGACUUUGAAAAAGAUGUAAAAAAAAUACUUCUGUUUCUUAAGGAUGUGGGUGUAGAAGACAAUCAACUGGGACCAUUCCUGACCAAAAAUCCAUAUAUCCUUGGUGAAGAUCUGGAAGCUUUAGAAACCAGAGUGGCUUACCUAAAAUCAAAAAAAUUUGGUAAGUCAGAAAUUGCUCAGAUGGUCUCAAGAGCUCCAUAUUUGCUGUUGUUUUCAGUGGAAAGAUUGGAUAACAGACUGGGUUUCUUCAAAAAUGAACUUGGUCUCAGUGUAAAAAAGACAAAGGAUUUGGUAAUUCGUCUUCCAAGACUACUGACUGGCAAAAUAGAGCCUGUAAAAGAAAAUCUUCAGGUUUGUCAAAUUGAACUUGGUUUUCAACGUAAUGAAAUUCAACAGAUAGUGUGCAAAACUCCCAAGAUUUUAACUGCAAGUAAAAAGAGACUCAAACAGACAUUUAACUACUUACACAACAUAAUGGGCAUUCCCCACCACAUGCUUACUCGCUUUCCUCAGGUUUUCAACUCAAAGCUAUUACGAAUCAGAGAGAGGCAUAUGUUUCUUGCAUUCUUGGGAAGAGCCCAGUAUGACCCAGCCCAGCCCAGCUACAUCUCCCUGGAUCAGCUGGUAUCCCUGCCCGAUGAGGUGUUUUGUACAGAGAUUGCCAAAGCCUCUAUGCAGGACUUUGGAAAUUUCUUAAAAACACUUUGAUUAGUAACACAUGUAAAAAAUUAUAGAAUUAAGUUGCAAAAUAAACAUACUUUAUAAAACUACUUCCCUUUAAGGUCUCUUAACUUUUUAAUUACUGGUUUAAGAAGUCAUUGUUUAUGAAGUGUGUAGGAUUUAAAGGAUUACAGUAAUACUUAUAGUAACUUAAAAAUGUAUUUCAGAAGGAUUGAGCCAAUAUGUUGAUUGCUACUAAUGCAAGCCUUGUAAUUAAUAACUAACUUAAUUCAGAGUGGAUAAUGCAGCACAUUAACAGAAAGUAAAUUCAAAUUCCUUCUUUUUUGCUUUUGAUAAUGGCAGAAUUUUGGGAGAUUGGAAAAAAACUGGCUCGUGACUUAUUCCCCGUCUUGCCCUCUGUUAUCUUUUCCUUUCACCCUCUUCCCCAAAAGUCAGAAUAGCAAGAUAGUGUGAUAGUGAAGUAAUGAGUCUACUUGGUUGAGCUAAUAAUAAUAAUGUUAUUCUUUUCCUUGUAUGGUAGAAAGAAUCACACCAUUAAUAUGUGAAGCUCCUCAUACAGAAAGGCAUUUUAUCAAUAGGUUACAAAGGUGUUUCUUGUCGAAGCUGGUUGCUGAAAUUGGUAUCCUAAAAGCUGGUUAGAAAUGCCCAAAAAAAACCCCAGCAAACAGAAUUUAGGAAAAUUAUAAAAAGAAAAAAAAAAAAGACGUUACUGUCCCUGAAAUCUAGAAGAACUUUAUUUUAGUUACUUAGUUACUUUUUCUCUUCUCUGUGUUCAGUUUUUCUCCCCCCCCAUACCAAUGAGAUUCAUGUGGCUUUAAUACACAAGUAACCAUGUGAAAAGAGGCUGUAGUAUAUAUUAAGAUGAUAAGAGUUGAUCAGUUGUAAAAGCUGAAGUAAAUUCUGACAUUGGGCAUCAUGGGAGUAUUGAAAAUACUUAAACUUAUCAUUAAACAGAGCACGUUAAUAUGGAAUUAUCAAAUGUGUCACAGUGUAUUUGUGAAACAAAUUCCCAAACAAACCAAAAAAGCUGCCUAAAUCCACAUGCAGAACUGUUUGAUGCUGUUUAGAAGUUUGAAUUCCUUCAUUAAAAAUAGCUCAGGAAAUCUGAAAUCCAGAUGUUUUAAUUUGGAUUUAAACUUAUUUAAUGAAAAUGCCUCAAUGUUUUAAACCUCACUGUUGAAGCUAAAGAUACCAAUUUUUAUGCACACAGCAGAAUAAAAUCCAAAAGGCUAAAUUCUAUUAAUAGGUGGGAAAUAAAGAUUAAAGAGAUUUAAAGAAUGAGAAUAGUAGCGAUUCUGGAUUAUGACUUUGGAGAAAUUCUUAUUCGUUCAAAUUAAGAAUUAGAAAAACAAGUGCUUGAAACACAUUGAAAAACUACAUUCAUUGUCUGCAAUAAAUCUGAGAUGAUCUCUUUUGUCUUUUUCCUCAUGUUUUCUGUUCCAUUGGCCUGGAAAGAUUGCUUGAAAUACUCUAUUGAAUAGACUGUUCUCGGAGGAGAUGCCUAACAAAUUUCACGGUGGCUGAAAUGUGCUGACUAAGCACUUCCCCCCAUUGCCUCCUGUUAAAUCAAAGUAUCCAAAGUCCAAUAUGCUUACUUGGAUUUUUGACUGUAUUAAAUGCUAAUAACAAACUGUAAUCUUCAAAUAAUAUUGUAAAAAAUAAUGUUCACAGUAAAAAUGUUAGUAGAAAAAAUGUGGGCUCAUAAUGUUGGAGUUAAUUUUUGCAGAUUUUCUCCACUAGCCUUAUUACCAUGUGCCAAACCAUUGUAACAGAAAUUAUAUUACAGAGUUUGUAUAUGUCGAAUGUCUCAAAGUUUGAGCUUUAAAUUCCCUUACUAUUUUUAAAUGUAGGAAUGAUUGCUGCCAGAGCAAAACCAAUUUCUUUGAAUUGUUGAAUUCACAAGCUUCUGCCGAAAUAGCUUCCCCGAACCACGAUGAAGAAUGGACGGAAAACAUUUAAAGGGAGUGCUAAAAUGGAAGGGGAGAGGGGAUCAAAGAACUUUUUGAGGACCAUGACAAAAACUUUGUGGCUUUACGAUUAAAAAUAAAACAAACCACA